AUGAUUCGCUCCUUCUUCACUGCUGCCAGUCUGGCUGCGACCGUCUCGGCGCAAUACUUUCCUCCUCCACGCGAGGGUCUCACUGUCAUCAAGUCCAACGUGACCGAAGGCGUGACUAUAUCCUAUAAGGAGCCCGGAAUCUGCGAAACGACGCCCAACGUCAAAUCCUUCUCCGGCUACGUCCACCUCCCACCACAUACCCUCGACGACGUGCACCUCGACCAAAACUACUCCAUCAACACAUUCUUCUGGUUCUUCGAAUCGCGGCACGACCCUGUCAACGCUCCCUUGACAAUAUGGAUGAACGGCGGCCCUGGGUCCUCAUCUAUGAUCGGCCUAUUUCAAGAGAAUGGCCCUUGCAGAGUAAACGCGGACUCGAAUUCGACGACCCUCAAUCCGCACUCGUGGAAUAAUUAUGCGAAUGUUAUAUACAUCGAUCAACCGAAUCAGGUUGGUUUCAGUUACGAUGAGUUGCAGAAUGGGACGUAUAAUCUGGUCACGGGCGAACUCAAGCCGUUGGAUGAUGAGAUGUCGUCCGUUCCGGAACAGAACAGCACGUUUUUGGUGGGCACGUUUCCGACUAUUGAAGGUACGCGCUCGACUGCAAACAACACCGAGAAUGCGGCGAAAGCGUUGUGGGAGUUUGCGCAGGUGUGGUUUUCGGAGUUUCCAGAGUAUAAGCCUGGGAAUGAUAGAGUCAGUCUGUGGACGGAGUCGUAUGGUGGACGAUACGGUCCCAGUUUUACGGCGUUUUUCCAGCAACAAAAUCAGAAGAUUGCGGACGGAAGUUUGCAGGGUCAUCACGCGAUUCAUAUGGAUACUCUGGGGAUUAUCAACGGGUGUGUGGAUCUGUUGACGCAGGAUCUGAGUUAUGCGGAAUUCGCGUAUAAUAAUACAUACGGCAUUGAGGCGAUUAAUCAGACUGUUUAUGAAGCGGCUGUGGAUUCAUGGAAUAAAGAAGGCGGAUGUCGAGAUCAGAUACUGGCAUGUCGUGCCCUCGCUGCGGUGGGCGAUCCGUUGAGUCUGGGGAACAAUGAGACGGUUAACGGUGCAUGUCACAAUGCAUCUGAUUAUUGCAGUAAUGCCUUAGAAGGACCAUAUACUGAAUUCGGUGGUCGCGGUUACUACGACAUUACGCACGAGGUUCUCGACCCAUUCCCGCCGAAUUACUUUAUGGGCUAUCUAAGCCAGAGCUGGGUUUUGGGUGCAAUCGGCGCUGCAGUCAAUUGGACCGAAAGCGUCGAGUCUGUGUACGCCGCUUUCCAGAACACGGGCGACUACGCCCGUUCCGAUGUUUUAGGCUAUCUCGAAGAUAUUGCAUAUGUCUUGGACCAAGGCAUAAAAGUCGCCCUUGUCUACGGCGAUCGUGACUACGCAUGCAACUGGAUCGGAGGCGAAGAAGUCAGUCUCGCCGUUGAAUACAGUGACGCAGAUAAAUUCAGGUCUGCAGGUUACGCAGAUCUAUACACAAACGACACUUUUGUCGGCGGCAAGAUUCGCCAGUACGGCAACUUCUCGUUUACGCGUGUAUAUCAAGCGGGUCACGAAGUACCAGCCUAUCAACCGGAGACGUCGUUUGCGAUUUUCAAUCGGUCGUUGUCGAAUUUGGAUAUUGCAACUGGUCGAGUCUCGACCGUAGAAAAUGCGACGUAUGCCACCGAGGGACCGUCGAGUACCUGGGACGUCAAGAAUGAGGCUCCGCCCAUGCCGGAGUCGAUGUGCUACGUUCUUGCGCUCUGGGCGACAUGUACGGAUGAUGAGGUGGAAGCUAUUGUUAAUGGAACGGCGGUGAUUGAGGAUUAUAUUUUGGUCGGCAGCUCGGCUAAAAGUGCGCCGUUUUCUGCUCCUUUGUCGAUUGAGAGUUCAGUCAAAGACGAUAUAGAAGAGCACAAUGGAUGGUUCCAGAUCCUCUUGUCGCUGUCUGAGUUCUUUGACGUUCUGUUGAAAUUGUGGCCGAUGCUCGAAUUUGAACUUAAUUUUGAAACGAACCAGGGUCUCGUGGAGAAGGCCAAGAUCUACUUCCAAAUUGAAUUAUCUUCGACUUUCAAUAGACUCCAUCAGAAGAACAGUUUAGGAGUUACUGCCGACCGACAUCGGAUCUAUAGCAUAGAUCUGGACCCCCCUCAAUCCCUUCGUACUUUGUCCGAAGAGCUAACAAUCACAGACAAUGACCCCAACAUCCACGGCAAAACCGAAAGCGACGUCGAGUCGCCCAUCGACAUUCCGCAACUCACCACCACCACGGAGCGCAGAUUAAUGGCCAAGGUUGAUCUACACGUCCUCCCGUUUCUGUGUGUGCUGUAUCUCAUGGCGUUUCUCGAUCGAGUGAAUAUUAGCAAUGCAGUCCUUUUCGGCCUGCAGCAAGAUCUCGAUAUUCAGACGGGGACAAAGUACAAUACUGCCUUGACCAUCUUUUUUAUUCCGUAUAUCAUUUUUGAGAUCCCAUCGAAUAUUCUGCUCAAAAAACUCAAACCACAUGUAUGGUUGUCGUUUUGCAUGGGCAUGUUUGGGUUUGUUAUGAUUAUGCAGGGCCUGGUGCAGAAUUGGGGUGGUUUGAUGGCUACUCGCUUCUUUCUGGGGUUGUUUGAGACGGGCAUGUUUCCAGGAUGCUUCUACCUCAUGUCCUGCUGGUACACCCGCGGCGAAGCCCAAAAACGCUUCUCCUUCUUCUUCGGCUCCGCGACUCUGGCCGGCGCAUUCGGCGGCGUUCUGGCCUACGGAAUCGGCAAAAUGAACGGUAUCCGAGGCUACAGGGGCUGGCGAUGGCUUUUCAUUAUCGAGGGACUGCUGACGAUAGUUAUUGCUGUUAUAUGGUUUUGGACUCUGCCUGAUUUUCCAGAGACGGUGAAGUGGUUGGAUGAAGAGGAGAGGGCGUUUAUCAAGGCGAAGCUGGAGAAGGAUACAGGCAAGUCGGAGCACGCAGAGACUAUUACGUGGAGAGAUGCGUUAGAAGUUUUUAAGGAUUACAAGAUAUUCGUCGGAGGAUUGGCAUACUUUGGACUUAUUGUCCCGGCUUAUGGAUACGCCUACUUCGCCAAUUCCAUUAUCAAGAGCUAUGGCUACAGCGCUCUCACCACCCAACUAUACUCCGUUCCUCCCUGGGCAGCAGCAUUCGCGUUUUCCCAGGUAGUUGCCUAUUUUUCUGACAGACUACGCCACCGAUUCUUGUUUACUAUCAUUCCGAUAUGUAUCACGCUGGUGGGCUUGGCCAUGUUACUCAACAUCCACAAUCACAGACAUGUCGAGUACGGAGCGUUGUUCUUGGUUACUUCGGGCACGUACUCUGCCAUGCCUGUGAUUGUCUGUUGGUUCGCGAUGAAUCUGGGCGGACACAAGAGGAGGAGUGUGGGAACAGCAUGGCAGGUUGGAUUCGGAAACAUCGGCGGAAUCAUCGCUACAUAUUCGUUCCUCUCGAAAGAUGCACCUGAGUAUCGCAAUGGAUUCAUCAUUUGCAUUUCAUUCACGUGUCUAUCGGCAGUGGCUUGUAUUGUAUACUUGCUUGGGAUUUGGCAUGCGAACCGUCAAAAGGAUCGUGAUGCCACGAUCCCCAGUCCGGGUGCUAGUGAUCAACUAACCGACGACAAGACGAAGGAUCUGGGAGAUUUGGCGCCUAGUUACCGGUACAUCUACUAG